UCAUCAUUUCUUUUAAGUAAGAAAAAUAUCACAAACAUGUCUCGCUUUGCUUUCCUCGCAUUGUGUGUCCAGGCUGGCCUGAUCCAGACUGCUCUCUGCGGGCUCGCGUGUGGUUGCAGUCAAAUCUCUUACGCGCCCUCCGGUUACAUCGGCGGCGUCGAAAAAGUCAUCGAGAACUACAGUGUUAGUGCGCCCAGCUGCAGCGUUAGUGCAUAUGAGUACAGUGCACCUAGCGUCAGCUACAGUGCGCCUAGCAUCAGCUACAGUGCGCCUAGCGUCAGCUACAGUGCGCCUAGCGUCAGCUACAGUGCGCCUAGCAUCAGCGCGGGUGCAUCUAGCAUCAGCAGCGGCUACGGCGCGUCGUACGGCGGUUUGGGUUCCGGAGUCGUGAGCGCUGAAGGCAUCAUCGGCGCGUCCGGCGAGACGGUCGUGGUCGGAUCCGUGCCGGUGCUCGGUUCGGUGGCGUUCAGUGGCAAGGUCCCGGCGAAGGGCUCCGUGUCUAUCCAAGGACAGUGCGGGUGCGGCUGCAAGCACACCGGCGCCGAGCCGCUGGUGUCGAACUUGCCCUCAAACGCCACCGCGCUCAGGUACGGCAGCGCGCCGGACAGGUCCAGGUCGCCGGACAGGCCGAGGUCCGAGGCGACGGCGAUGCCGGACGGCGCGAUGGGACCGGCGCUGGUCACGAAGUACACAAGAACAAUGACUCGCUUCAGUCUUCUUAUUCUCUGCGUCAUGGCUUGCCUCAUCCAGAUGGCUUUAAGCCAGAAUUGCGGCUGCAACCAACUGGCUUACAGCAGCGGCUCGUACGGCGGCACCGGCACCGGACAGGUCGGCGUAUCCGGCAACAUCGACGCGUGCGGCAAUACUUGCGUCGUCGGCUCCGUGCCCGUGCUCGGCUCCGUGGACUUCGGUGGAUGCGUGCCCGCCUGCGGCUCCGUGUCCAUCUCCGGACAGUGCGGAUGCGGAUGCAACUAAAUUGACUAUUA